UCGCUGGGAAUACGUCUGUACCUGUGGAGAGCAAGUUCAAGGUCGGGGCUACGCUAUGUGGAAAAGGGGGGCCGACCUUGGUUCUGACUCACGGUAUUCUUGAGUCUAAGCAGUAUGUCUAAGAAGAUCUCGAUUCGCGAUGACACAUGAACACUAACCUGCAAUUAGAUAUUGGCAACCAACGUUCAAGGAUGCUGAGAAGUAUGACUUUGUUAAAGCUGCCAUCGCCGCUGGGUACUCCGUUCUCAGCUACGACCGUAUAGGUGUUGGGUCAUCCUCCAAGUAAGAGCGGUUUGAAUCUUAAUCGCGGAGGGUUACGGUGUUUACUAACUUGCUUGCUUGACUACCAGGGUGGAUGCGUUAUCAGACGCUCAAUUUCAAGUAGAGGCGACUGUCCUUGAUUCGUUGGUAGACUAUGCGCGAUAUGCUAUGAACGCUACCAAAAUAGCGCUUGUAGGCCACAGCUGGUAUGUCUAAAAACAUCCUGUGUCAUUAUCCUCAGACCAUAAUCCUAGCCUGGGUUCGAAACCGCCUAUUGACUCUCUAUCAGAGACGAUGAAAGUUUUCGAGCAGUGCAAUUGGAAAGCUGACACGAGAUGCUUUCAUGUAAUAGACGGGGCGUAUCUCACAGUUGCGUCCGCGGCUAGCAAAAAGACCGCCGUCGAUGCCAUCGUACUCAGCGGCUUUGCGGGAGGCUUCAAUUAUUUCGGCCCCUUUCUCGCUGGGUCUAGCUUCAGAGUCGCACGGCUUCAGAACCCUAUCCGCUGGGGCGCUCUGGACUCGGGAUAUUUGACGUCGGCAGACCUGUUUUCGGAGACGUAUGCGUACUUCGGCGAGGCGAACGAUUUCGAACGACGUGUAGCCGAGUGGUCUCACUACCAGAACAGCGAGCCAUUUGCCGUGGGAGAGCUACCGUCGCUCAUUGCGAGCAGUCCCCUGGACUUCAAAGGGGUCACGGCCUCCGUGCUUGCUAUCCAGGGGCAAUUCGAUCUUUCCGCCUGUGGUGGUAACUGCGUCGGCCUUCUAGAUGGCCUCAAGGAUGACUUCGCUGGUGCUAAGAUCGUCAAGACCGUUGAUAAUCUUCCCGCGGGACAUAAUCUUAACCUCCAUAAGGUGGCCCCUAAAGCCUUCGAAACGAUUUUCAGCUUCUUAAAGAGCCAAGGGGUGUAAGGGUUAGGGGUGAGGUUUACGAAAUAACUGGUAAUCAUGUUUAGACAGUAUACAAAACUAGCGAAAUAGAAUUACAGGGGAAGAUAUUACCACGAGGUUUAACAUACUAAUAA